UUCUUUUUUUGCUCUGAAUUAUGAAAAUUUGAAUAACUCAUGUUCACGCCAUAAUGGUUGAACUGUUGAAGAGAGUGAAAAACGAGGGAACACGCAACGUUUGCCAUAGGGGAGUACUCACAGCUAUAACGAACUCUUCUCCCACGCAUUUCCCGCCCUAUAUAAAUUCCCUCCUUCGCUUCUUCAACACUCAUUCACAAUUCAAAUUUCCCUCUCUUUCUCUCAUCUCUUUCUUCAGUCGAAUUCAAAUUUUCUCUCCAUCGCCACCAUGCUUGCGACGCUGAAAUCUGAAGACUCCAGCGGCCAGUUGCAGCUCGUUGAACGUGAAGACAUCGACGAUGAAGAUGACCUCUUCGAAGCCAUCGACAAACUGAUUUCUCAAGGCAUUAAUGCCGGAGAUGUGAAGAAGCUUCAGGACGCAGGAAUAUACACCUGCAAUGGCUUGAUGAUGCACACAAAGAAGAACUUGACUGGAAUCAAAGGUCUAUCUGAGGCCAAGGUUGAUAAGAUCUGUGAAGCUGCUGAGAAGAUUGUGAGUUUUGGUUAUAUGACCGGAAGUGAUGCAUUGCUGAAAAGAAAAUCUGUGAUCCGAAUUACCACUGGAAGCCAAGCUCUUGAUGAAUUGCUUGGAGGUGGGAUCGAGACAACUUCGAUUACUGAAGCGUUUGGAGAAUUCCGAUCUGGGAAAACACAGCUUGCUCACACUCUCUGUGUUUCCACUCAGCUGCCAAUUAAUAUGCGGGGAGGCCAUGGAAAAGUUGCAUACAUUGACACAGAAGGAACUUUCCGACCUGACCGUAUUGUCCCCAUAGCUGAGAGAUUCGGCAUGGAUCCUGGGGCUGUUCUGGAUAAUAUUAUCUAUGCUCGUGCUUACACUUAUGAGCAUCAGUACAACCUCCUCCUUGGUUUGGCUGCUAAAAUGUCUGAAGAACCAUUCAGACUUCUGAUUGUAGAUUCAGUGAUUGCUUUGUUUAGGGUGGACUUCUCAGGAAGAGGAGAGCUCGCUGAGCGCCAGCAAAAACUGGCACAAAUGCUUUCUCGAUUGAUAAAGAUAGCUGAGGAAUUCAAUGUUGCAGUUUACAUGACAAAUCAAGUCAUCUCUGAUCCAGGAGGUGGAGUAUUUGUGACUGAUCCAAAGAAACCAGCAGGAGGGCAUGUGCUAGCCCAUGCGGCCACAAUAAGGCUGAUGUUUAGGAAAGGGAAAGGGGAGCAGCGCAUUUGCAAAGUGUUUGAUGCCCCAAAUCUGCCAGAGGCUGAAGCAGUGUUCCAGAUAACAGCAGGAGGCAUUGCAGAUGCGAAGGACUGAAAGGUCGUUACCUCCAACUUCUGAGGUCAUUCCACGAUGGCGACUAAUAUUCAUAGUAACUUUAAUCUUCCUUAUAUUUGCUUAUAUUUGUAUUAAGACUUAAGAGUACUGUUGCUUGAAGGUGUUACUACAUUCCAGAGAUAUUACGUGAAUAUCUCAUAUCUUAUUAUAUACAUUUCCUUCGUUUUUAGUA